UGAACCAGGCGUUGAGUUCCAGCGUCGGGAAAGGCAUUUAAAACUAAUUGUGCUGUAACAUCCGGGUUCUUCCUCCUGCGGGGAAGGACAGCGUGGACUCUGCUGCGCUUCUACAGUCUUCAGCCCCGGCUCCGAGAUUUUCUUGGAAAGCAUGUGAUGAGCCCAGCUCAGAAACAGGUCUUCCUCAGCCAGAACGGUGGCAAGUGCUGUAACCAUGUAGAUGGUUGUCCCCAUGGUAAAACCAUGGGUAGAGCUCGGCCUGAGCAUUGUUUGAAGAAGGCCAAGGAAUUAAAGCAUACAGCUAAGAGAGACAAGCAAAAGAGACAACAACAACACAUGGAAGACUGGCUCCAUGAUGAAUGUAAGACAGGAGCCAAGUUAAAAAAAGGCAGGACUAUGAAGGUUGUGUCUAAAAAGGGCAAUGCAACAGUGUCCAAGAAAUUGACUGAGGAGAGGAAUAGGAAGCUAUACCCACUACGACGAAGACGUAACAAAUCAAAAGAUGAGGCCUUAAGUUGCCAAGUCCUGCUUACCCGUCUUGAGGGGAAUGAUUUUGAACCGGACAUCGAAUUGCAUGAGGAAGAACCAAAUGCAAUUUCCAAAAGGCGUCGGCGAAAAAAGAGAAACAAACUCAACCAAAAGCUAGUGAACACCAAUGAAUCAAUACAAAUACCACCUAAAACUAAAUAUGAAGCAAGUACAAAUACAGUUCUAGCUCAGGAGCCUCGUAAACGCCGGCUUGCCUCUCUUAAUGCCGAGGCUGUCAACAGCCUGCUGCUGGAGAAAACAGAUGUACCACUAAGCAGCAAGCUCCCUAAGAAACAGCACCAUGAGACCACACCUGUUUUUAAUGAAACAGAUGAUGCAAAGAUCUGCUCCCUGUCACAAACUGCUGCUCAAGCCCGCAAGACUGAAAUGUGCCAAAACCACAAGAAGGCAAGGAAGAGAAAGUCAGAAGAAAAAGACAGCAAUGAUCUGAAUCUGUACACUCCUACUCCUAAACGGCUCGCCGGACUCAACGCUGCAGCUCUGAUGAAGCUCACAAGCUCCACUACAGGAAGUAAGCAGCGAGUAAAAACAGACAGUAAAAGUAUUGGUUCUGCAGGGAAGCAAACUGCAUGCUGUAAAUCCCACGUGCAACAGCCGAAAAAGCAAGGACUCAAAAAGGCGUUACCUCAGGGUGGUGGUGCAGCUCGUAAGAUCAAGGGCAGUGAGUCUAAACUGAAGUGGGACGGACCUGCUGACUGUCACUGCUUAGCCAAAUCAGGGUAUCAUUCUCAUGGCGUGAUGGGAUAUCCUAUUAAAGUGGUAAAAGAAGAGCAGGUGGAAACUGAGCUUGGGCCUUGCUACUGCUGUUCCGCAGAAGGAUCAGUAGAAUACUGUCACAGGUUGGCGCUUUAUCUGAGCCAGAAGGCCUGCAGUGAGACAGACAAGCAUCCUGUGACUUCAGUAAAGCAUGAAUGCCUGGUAGCCUCGUCUUCACUGGCCCACCCAGCCCUUACCCUUAGUGCCCACCCGUGCCCGUGUGCUGACACCUGCUACCCUAGUUACUUUGUUCACUUUGCAAAUCAUGGGCCUCGUUCAGUUUGCCUAAGUUCGCAGCCACUACCAUGUGCACACAGCUCCAUGUGUCCCAGCAGGGUCCCUGCGUCAAAGCUGCUGUCCAACUCUGUCUCCCACGCCUCAGGAAUCUCACACCCUGCCUUCUGUAGUUCAGUCCGCUCUCCUUGCUGCAGUGAAGGCUGCAGGGUUGGCGGUUACACUUUCAGCACUAUGCAGCCUGUCACCAGCAGGGCGUGCUCUUAUGCCACAGGCUGCACCAACUGUAACCAUCAAAUUAAAACAGAGGGCUACUCUUCACCUCAAGUGGAUCAAAGUUCCUCUCUGCCUGUUUCACCAGCCCUGCCCCUUUCUAGCUGCCCAUUGCCUAGGCUAAGCCGAUCCCCUACGGUUCUCCCACGUCUUCUGAACACACUUGCAGACAACAGACAGACAGAGGUCAAGCUCAGAGGACCAAAAGAAUGCCCUCAAAAAACUAAACCACCCAAUGGCUCUAUUGGAGCAGGACCCACAAAACUGUCCCAGAAACAGCCAGUUCCCAGUGCCAAACACCAGAAAAAACUACACCGCCACCGGACAACGAACGGCUGGCGCCCUUUUGGAGAACCCAUAGAGAAAGAAGUCUUUAUUGCGGGGGAGGACAUGACAGCACUGCGUCAGUGUUAUGAAGGAGUAAUGCGAGACGGAGAGGUGAUUCGGAUCAGAGAUACAGUGCUGUUGCGCUCCGGACCACGCAAAAAAUCCUUACCAUACGUGGCUAAGAUAUCAGCUUUGUGGGACGACCCUAAGACAGGAGAGCUGAUGAUGAGCCUGUUCUGGUACUAUCGACCAGAACACACACAGGGAGGCAGAGAUCCCAGCAUGCACUGUGAGAAUGAAAUUUUCGCCUCUCGGCACCAAGAUGAAAACAGCGUGGCCUGUAUCGAGGACAGAUGCUAUGUUUUACCUUUAGCACAGUACUGUAGAUUUUGUGCCUUGGUAAAGCGCCGCUCAGAGGGUGUGCCCAACAGCGUCUCCGUGGUGCCUCAGCCCUCUGACAGUGCUGUCCCCACUCACCGAAUUGUGCCCGAAGACGUUGAUCCCGAGCUGGUUUACCUAUGCCGCCAUGUCUACGACUUCCGCUACGGCCGCAUACUGAAGAACCUGCAGUAAGGGUGCGAGGCUGCGUGCAUCGCACACACACUCCUGCACCUCACUAAUGAUGGAAAGCCUUCAUACUAAAAAGAUCCCUGUGCAACCUACUGCUCUCUUUGUUUUGAAAAUCCUGAUUUAUUGUUUAAAAAAAAAAAAAAAGAUCUGUUUUUUAUGUUAUUUGCUCAGGAGGGUCGACCGCACAGAGGUCUGGGGUUGUUGAACAAGAUGCUUUUUUUAAACUGUCUUCACAUUCCCAGAGUGGCAGCAUUCGAAGCGAGUGCUACAGAAGAAUAGAAAUGAUGGCUUUACUGAGUUCUUAAUCAGAUUUUUAAAUUCUCAGUAGAAAUUAGGUUUUAUUUACCCUUCCAUUUAAAGUUGGAAGGGAAUUUAUAUUUCUCUUUGGUGAUUUGUCUUCUACACUGGACUGUAUUACUGGCAGAGGGAAAUCAGAUAAAGCUGCCGUUUCAGAUUCAGAGUGUAAUCAGAUAGAGUUGCUUCAAUAGGCAUGUCUGUCCACCAGUAAUUGCUGCAGGAGUAGAUGCUUGUCUUUUUCGUUUCUCUCAUGUUUUGCUUUAUCGUGUAGAGGUCAGUUUGUAAUAGUGUUCUUCUUGUUUCUUGCUUUACAUUACUCAGUUGGCAGCUAGUUUUGACCGAAACCUCUAAGACUUUAACUCCUAUAGUAAAACCAAAGGUCAGCUCAGUGCUAAUCUCUGUUCUCACUCACUAAGCUCUGAGGAACUGUGCCAUAUUAUUCCACAGAUAGGAGAAGCUAACACAUGUUUUUCCAAGCAAAGACAUCUUAUCAUGUAUUAACCUGCAUGUGUCCAUUUUAUCAUGCUUCUAGUCACAAUAGUUGAAUUGCACUAAUCUCUUCCUUAUUUUGUUUUUUUGUUGUUGUUUCUUUGCUGUAAUUCAAAUUUACAUUGAGAUUGCUGAUUUUAUCAACAUGCCAGCGUUUUGGUCAGCAAGGAAGUGCACAGGAAGGAUGUCUGAGAGCUAAAUCUAUCAACAAGAAAGUCAUAAUAUUUUGCCACUUGUCUCUUAAGAUGGACAUCUAUAAUUUUUAAGUGCAUUCGUGAUCUACAGGUCUAAGUCUAAGAGCGCUUUUACACCCGUGAAUAAUUUGCCAUGUCACAAUUAAAGUGAAACUGAUACUGUUGGUUUCAUUUGCACUUAGUUUUGGUUUGUUUUCACACUACACCUAAUUAAACAAACCAAUUAGCAUGGGCUUGCGCAAUAUUGCUGUAUCUAUGAUCAUGAAUUUCCCUUUUAAAAUUUAACCCAUGGUCUAAAAAAAGAUAAGAAAUAUGCAUUUUCUUCAUUUUUAGAAAAUGGCGGGGGGCAUAAUAAUAUUACUUGGAAAUUACAGCAAAAAAAAAAAAAGCUCAGGUGGACAGCAGAUUUUUAAAAGUAAUUCUGCAGUAAUGCACAGUUAUUAUUAUUAUUAUUAUUAUUAUUAAUAAUAAUAAUAAUAAUAAUCAUCAUAAUAAUAACAAUAGUCAUAUUUUUUACAGUGUUAAUGGAGCAACACAUUUUUACAGUUCAAUGUGUAGAGCAGGAAAGAAUACAAACCAGUGUAUUUAAUAACUCUCUAUUAAACACUUUGUUGUGGGCCUUUUUAGGUAAAAAAAAAAAAAAAAAAAGAUAUAUUUCCUAUUCUUUCCUAAAAAAGCUUUUUAUGAGUUUUAAAUCAAAACAUUUUAGUGGUAUCCCUAAUAAAUGUAGUAAACUGAUGUCAAAUUUAUACUUGUAUAAUAUAAAUGAUGGAAAAAGGACAAAUCAUUCCAGAUUCACUUGUUGGCUGAUUCAUCUUCCAUUUUAUUGGGCAAAAAAGUCAUUCUAGUGUUAUGUUUUCUGCUCAUGCCCAGGGCUAGAGCACACUAACCUUUUGCCACUCUGGGGUAAUUACCAUCUUGUUUGACAUUUUAUGCUUUACAUUAACGAGUCAGGAGUGAGUGUGGCAAUAAUCCAGUUUUAUGUCCACAGACAGGAACAAAAGAAAAAUAUGUGGACUGAAACAUACUGUCUUGCUGCACCUCACACUCACUCUCUCACUCACUGACUGACUGACUGAUUGCCCUAACCCCAACCUGAAACUACAUUACCCACAAUGCAGUGCGUCUAUAUAUUAACCUUUUACUAUCUAACACUAGCGUGUGUCUGUGUUUAUGUAGAUCUCCUAUGCAAAAUGCGUAACAGCUGGCAGGUCUGGUAAUAUAACAUAAUAAAUCACUGGAUAUCAAGUCACUGUAAUAUCGUGUAAUGAUGGGAAUUUCGUUAUAUUCCGCUUUGAAAUGCAGAGGAAACAUUCACACACCGAGUGAGUAGUUAGCGCUAAAUACAUUUUCAAACUUGUUGUGCAAGCCUUUAUUUUUUCUUUUUAUUUGUCAGUGCAAACACCUAGAACAUAUUUUUGUAGUGCUACAGCUCUGUCCUUUGGCUCAGUUUGCACUUUAGACUAAAUGCUAUCCGUGUAGCCUUUAUCGUCAUCUAAACCUGAUGACUGUGUGAAACAUCUUAAUUGUGUUGGUUGAAUCAGGGCCUAUGUGCUUAGAGAUAAAAUUUAAUAUUCUAUAAAAUCAGUAGUGACCUCUAAGCUUUUGAACAAAAUAAGUAAUAAUUAGCACUUUUUAUAUUAGCUGGCGCUAGUAGAUUUCAGUGUUUGAGAUGCUUAAGAUUAGGAAUGCUUUUUAUUUUGCAUUUUUAAUGCUUAACUCAUAAACCAUGGCCAUGCUCGUAUAUAUGAAUUGUUGACAUGUUGAACUGUUGUACCGUGGGAUCAGAAUUUAUCUUUUUUAGUAAGGUAGUUUAGAUGGCUUUCCAGCAUUAUAUAUAUAUAUAUAUAUAUAUAUAUAAAUGUAUGUUUAAUGUGUGAAGAACCCAGAAGCUGUUUUAUUCCAUUGUAUAAUUGGCACGGAUUUUGCUGCAGUUAAGCCUUGAUCAGCAAGUCUACUUUAAAACUAAAAUAGAUAUAAUAAUAAUAAUGGUGUUUAAAAUGAAAUGACAUCCUUUUUAAACUCCAUAUUCAUUAAAGAAAAAAAAAUCUGUAUUUAAAUUUGUCCUGCAAACAUGAGACAUUUUAUUUAGGCUAUUUCUAAAAGUAGAAUAUGCAAUAUAUUUUGGGAACUAUUUUCGAGGAAUCAAUUUAAACAUGAUUAAAAAAUGUGGAUUAUAAAUUGAAAAUAAUAACAACCAAAUAAGCAUAAGCUAUGGACAGUGUUUCUUUUUUUUCUUUUUUUUUCCUUUUUUUUUUUUUUGGUUAGAUUGGAAUCCAAAGGUAUGGAUUACUCGAGAGCCAUUCGUGUAGAAGAAAUUAAUUGUACAUAUCCUUAAUUAUUGAAGAAUGACCCGAUCAUGUUUUGAAUAAGAGAUAAAACAUUGCACAAUACAUUUUUAUUACUUAUAAGUAAUUCUAUUUAAAGAAGUUAUUUAAUAUUGAGUAUAGAAAUGAUAUAGAUCUCUAUAUUUCAAGUAAUCAAGUCAUUUUAGUUUUAAAGUGUUUUGAAUUGCUGUUGCAAUACGUCUAAGUGAAUGCCAUACUUUUUCUUUUUUCUUUUUGUUUGUCUUUUAUAAAUUAUGAAGUAGUUCGGUGAAAUGAUUAAAAACUAAAACUGUUUUAUUUAUGGUGUACUGGCAUCAAGGUUAAAGACCAAAGCACACUCUUAAACUGGUGCCCCUUUAUGUGUAUAUUGCAUCUAUGUGGGGUUACCCUGUACAAUACUGCAGAAGGACUUUCUGUCAGAAAACCAAUCAGUCAGGUACUUGAAUGAUCAGUUUUGUAGUUUCUUAUAAUAUUAGUUUUACAUGUGGCCUUUGCCCAUUUACUAUGAGUUGUCUUGGUUUUAUUCACAGGAUAGGGCCAAAUAUCACUUAAUAACGGUUGUAUACAUGGCAGGAAAAGUAAAUAAACUUGAGAAUGCUGUACUCUGAAUAUAUUUCUGAACAUAAACAGCAGGUGACAACAGUGUCACUUCAUUGUUCGUUUGGUCAUUGUGAGAUAGAGGCUGCUGUUUUUUGUGUUUCUCUAUUUGUUUUUAUUUGUCUUUUUUUUUAUUUCACUUUGAGGUCUCCUGAUCUUUAGAUAACCAACAUGUGCCAGGAUGACCUCGUGAGCUCAAAGGCUCCUCAUGGAAGGCUCUACAGCAAGUUUUUCAUCACAGUGGUCAGCUUACCUGAUUAUUAAAGAAACCUGGACUUCUUAAAAUUAUAAAUAGAUUUAAAGCCUAAUUAAAAGCCAAUUUUCAUAAGGAAACUAGAAGAGAGAGGCAGGGUUUUGUCUCUAAAAUGGCUGUUUCUGUUUUCUACAAGGUAUUUUGGUUGACCACUUUGUUGCAAUAAAAUUUGCUAAUAUGCUUUUCAUGGAUUAAUAAUUCUUCUUUAAUCACAGUGACCAAAAAAACAAGAUUUUUUUUUUCUUCCCAAUCUCUGACCAAUAUUAAACUCAAUGUUUGUUUCUGUGAUGCUAGUUUAAUGCUUACUUGCUAACAUAUAUUUUGAUAGAAUAGAACAGUGCUUAAACAGAGGUUAUUUUUGAAUGGGGCUGGGGGGAUGUGUUUUUAUCAGUGUCGCUAGGUCAUGCACUUUUUUAAUGACAACAAGAAUCCCUGCUGAUUAUUGUCAAAUGAAAGAGUAUUUAUAAAAAUCUUUUGUUAA